AUGCAUUACAUCACCUUGAUCACAUCGAUCGCCUGUGAAGAACUGCUGUUUGGUGGAGAUUAUGUCCCGACGUCGUAUGAUCCGGGAGAAUUGUUGACAAAAAUCUUCAACUUGAACGGCUCAACACAAGGCCGGUCUGGAAAUGGCGUUAGAUUUGAAGGUGAGACUAAUGCGGGCAUCGAUAAUACCUAUGCUGACAAAGACGCUGAAGAGAGGCGAAUUUAUUCAUUCCCCCCAGAAGGGGCCAACUUUCAAUACGCCAUCCAGCAUAAUGUUGACAAUAUUUACAAAAUUACAUACGCUGAUGAUAACCGACCUGGCGAGGGUCAGAAGACAAGGCGGAGGCGAAAGCCAAGGCUCCAAAGACCGCCAGAUUUCCUCAGACCUCUCGGGCCGAGUUUGUCCCAGUUUGCCAUCAGAGCACCCCCAUACACAGGAUCUGACCAUCAAGGACCAAUAUACAGCCCAAAAGGACCUUCGAAGCCUUCUUUAGCCUCCGAAGCCGUGGAUAGGGUCACCGAAGCUCUCACGUCGAUAGCUUUGUUUGAUGACUUGCAAUGCGUACCUCGAUUGCUGUGUGAGGCGGCGAGCGAUGGAGCCCUGGGGUCAUCGCAGACUCUCCAGUCUAUUGCCGGCGUGCAACCUUUACUUACGUUACUCUCUACAUACAGCGGCGUUAGCUCCAAUCCACUUUUCGUAUUCGGCCGAGCAGCUCUCUUGGGAAUGUCGUCGAAGAAUAAUUCGGCAUCGUGCCGGUAUGCCUAUCCGCUCUGCCCUACAGACCCCGAGAAAUUGAUCUAUUACCUCAACAACCAUAACGGGGGCUUCUUUAGGUUUUUCAACGCACCCCAACGCGGUCUACAAAAUAUCGGCCAUUUGUAUGACGGACUGUCGCAGAGUUCCGGGGGUCUUAACCCAUUUUUGCACAAUGAUGGAGCUGACAACAAUUUAUACCAACAAUACGAACAUAACGGGAUUCAAGAUUACUCUCAGCAAAACUAUGGAGUGAGGUUUCCAUACAAAGAAGACAAAUAUGGAUUGUUGAACAACGUACGAUUUAAGAACAACGUUAACCUUAAUGAAACGUACAGGAUUGAAAAACGUAUACAAAACAGACCUGGGAAAUAUGUAGACAGCAGUGAAGAUCUAAAUUUUGACGAUGAAAACUACCAAACUGCGAAAUGGUCUUUCCCCGAAGCACACAAAGAUUUUAUUAAAAGCGAUAGCUUUCGAGUUGGCAAAGGUCUCAAAUUUCCAGACUACGUAAACGAGGAGAACGAUGUUAACAGUAUCAAAAGAGAUCCCAGGGGCUUCGUUUUUCCAGAUACACUGAACAAUCAUUACUUGGACUUCAAAAAGUAUCAAGGCAAUAAUCUGUCGCCGCACAGCAAGUACCACAAUGAUUUCGAUGCCAACAUUUACAAAGUGCAUAAUUAUCCAGAUGGAUAUGACAAGGAACAAUCGAUUCGUACCGUUUAUGUCGUCAGAGGCAACGGUGACCCGCGGAAUCCGGAAAUUAUUAAAUUGAGGCCAGGGCAGAGCGUCCAU